AUGCCGCCUCCGGGCGCCUCAGAUCUGGGCGCAGCACUUCAACCACAUCGCGACCCCCAGCCACCCACCCACCCGGCCGGCCGGCUCGCGUGGGGCGGAGAGCGGGCGGCGGGCCGGGCGGGGGCACGGCAGGAGAGCGCCCGCCGCCGGCCUCGCUCCUGGGGCCAGCUGAAGGCCCCGGCACGGCAGGCCGGGCGCGCUCCCUUGCCUGCCUCCGCGCCCGUCCGGCCUGGCCCUGGGCCACCGCGCGGCCUCGGCGCUUCAGGCUCGGGGGGAGCAGCCGCGGCCGGGCGGGUUGCCAGCACUCCGGGCCGCCCGAGCCCCGUGGGCGGCGGGGGACCUGCCCGGCCGCGCUCCCUGCUCGGCAGGCGCCGCCUCUCGUCGCGGCCCGAGGCCGGAGAGUUGGGGGGCGCGGCGCAGGCCGCCCUAAAGACGCCCCCCCAGACGGCGCCCCUCGCCGCUCCGCCCACCGCCGGAGCCCCGCGGCCGCGGGUUGCCCUUCCUCGCGCUGUGCCCCUUUGGCGCAGCCCCCAGCACGGUCGCCGUGCCACCCUCGGGCACGGCCAGGGCAGCGGCCCCGUUCUCCGCCCCCGCUGCGGCAAAAGCGCCGGGCUCGCUCGCUCGCUCGCUCGGGGUGGCGCCCGGCAGAGCAGCGCCCGGGCAGUCUCAGGCGCGCCCCCCCCCCCAGCCCCGCACCCGGGAGGCCUCCGGCCCCUGCCGCAGCCUCCUUCCUGCCCGCGCCCGGCAGGAUCGGCCCAGCAGCCGCGACUGUUUCCUGGGUGGCCUCCCGUCCGGGAGCGGAGCCAGCGGCCGACCCCGGGGGGAAGAGCAGCGGGCCAAGAGUCGCCCCCUGCCCGCCCGCCCGCCCGCCUCCCCGACGGCCCAGGAGCCCUCGCCCCCCGAAGGAGGCGCCGUCGCGGGCAGGGCCCGGAGGGACCCCCUUCGGCACCACCCACGGCUGGCCCUGCCCGUGGCACAGCGGGGCCGCCGCAGCUGCUUCCGCCAGGACGCCUCGCCGGCCUGGCCCAGGAGCGGCCCCGGAACGCCGAGCCUCCCGCCGGCUGA